CACGAUGCAGCUCAUCGCUGUUUAUGUUUGAACGAAGCUCCAUGUAUCCGAGAUACUCUCACGGCGAGACUCCAAUUUCCUCCUGAAACGACUUUCUCAUUCUUCUAUCAAAUUCUCCUUCUACCAAUAUAGCUUUCAACAUACCCCAUCAUCCCCAAAAUGGUCCCCACCGACCCACCCUCCCGUCCGCCUUUCUCCUCUCUCCCCCUCGACCCUUCAGGCCCAGCAGGCAAUGCGUGGGGCCUAUACGGCCCCGAAGACGCUCUCGGCGCACUGAACAUGCUCACGCCCGCAGUCGUAGCCGCGGCCGCAACUGAGAUCAAAACUGGAGAGCGGGUAAGCCUUGAUUGGCACCUCAACAAGCCGAGCCACCCAAGCUUUGGCCGGAGCCCGUUUGAGUGGAAGCUGGUGAACCGGAGUAAACCAGACGGCGAGAAGCGCACAGUGAAUGACGAUGUAUUGACUUUCAAUACCCAAUGUAGCAGCCAGUGGGAUGGGUUCAGACACUACGGGUACCAAAAGGCCAAACGGUACUACAACGGCCACGUGCAAGAGGAAUUAGAUGAUCCGAACGUGAUAGGCAUAGACGCCUGGGUCUCCGCCGGCGGCAUCACAACCCGCGGCAUCCUCCUCGACUACCCCCGCUUCUGCACCGCCCACUCCCUCACCCUCUCCCCGCUCACCAGCACCUCCAUCCCCUUCGCCCACAUUCAAGCCAUGCUCGCCGAAACCCACACCGUCCCCCGCGCUGGCGACAUCCUCCUCCUCCGCUCCGGCUUCACCCUCGCCUACGAAUCCCUCCCCCCCGAUGACCAAAACGCGCUCGCCACCCGCCCCUCCCCCGACUUCAUCGGCCUUGAGCCCUCCCUCGCCGUGCUGCGCUGGAUCUGGGAAAGCGGGUUCUGCGCGGUGGCUUCCGACGCGCCGUCGUUUGAGCGCGCGCCGAUUGCGGGGCCGCACACGGCUGCGGGGGGCGUGUGGAAAGGGGAGAGCUUUGAGGAGGAGAUGCAGGGCGGGGGGUUGUUGCAUCAGUGGUUGCUGGCUGGGUGGGGGGUGCCCAUUGGGGAGCUGUUUGAUCUGGAGGAGCUGGGGCGGGUGUGUGCGGAGAAGGGGCGGUGGAGCUUUUUUGUGGCGAGUGUGCCGUUGAAAGUGCCCGGCGGGGUGGCGAGCCCGCCGAAUGCGGUGGCGAUAUUUUAGGGGUGGGGAAAAGGGGUGGUUCAUGUUGUUGCGAAAGGGGAAGGGUGAGUAGAUAGAGGGGUAUAUUUUGCUGUUAAGAUGAAAAGACAUGGAAAUGGGGUCAAGAUUUUCAUAGUUUUGUUAGCAGUGGCU